AUGAUUGACAGUAAGUCAGAAAUAAAACUACCAGAUAAUUGGCCGACAAAAAGUCUUGUAGAAUUCAAAAAUGUGAAUUUGAAAUACAUUCAUCAAGGCGACUACAUCCUUAAAGAUAUCAGUUUUAUCGUUCUACCGAAAGAAAAGAUCGGUAUUGUCGGCAGAAUCGGCGCAGGAAAAUCCUCUCUGAUUAAUGCUCUUUUUCGUUUAGCUUGUAUAGAGGGAGAGAUUCGUAUAGAUGAUAUAUCCACUACCGCGAUUGCUCUGCACAAUUAUCGAUCAAAAAUCAGUAUUAAUCCUCAAGAGCCAUUCUUAUUCACUGGCAGUCUACAAAAUCUUGAUCCUUUCGAUCAAUAUUCUGACUCUAUAUUGUGGCAAGCUCUUCAAAAUGUUGAAUUAAAGAAGAUAAUCUCUCAGAUGGCCGGCGGAUUGAAUACGAAAAUAUCCGACGAAGGAUUAAAUUUCAGCAUAGGCCAGAGACAAUUAUUUUGUUUCGCGCGCGCUAUUAUCAAGAACAAUCGAAUUAUAGUAUUGGAUGAAGCAACUGCUAAUAUUGAUCCUUACACGGAUUCUCUUAUACAAAAGACAAUUAAAACAAAAUUUAUAAAUUGCACUGUAUUUACUGUAGCUCAUAGAUUGAAUACUAUUAUGGAUAGCGACAGAAUAUUUAUAAUGAAUGCUGGGAGUCUUGUGAGGAAUAGAGGACAGAUAAGAGAUAGGUUAAGGAAGGGUGCUGCUGUAAUGAGUCAGGUUUGGGGAAUAGGAAAAAGGAAAUUUAAGAACGAUUGGGGAAAAAGAUUAUGGCUUUUCGAUAAACUGGUGAUGGGGUAUGAGGUGGAAAUUUGGGAAUGGAGAGAAAGGAAGGAGUUGGAGAAGCUACAUGAAAGUUAUUUAAGAUGGGUAUUAGGAGGAAUGGCAGGCUAA